AUGGCUAUUUUUCAUCAUCGCGAUUCAGCUCCCAGUUCGUCAUCAGCUACUCAAAGUUUCGAUGAUCCAAAUCAAUCUCGUAACAGUACAGGGGGGUUCUUUGGACAUCGUUCUUCCCGUUCGUCUGUGUCAUCAGUGUCUCACUCUUCCACGAGCAACACACACCGGCAUAGCAUUAUCCGUCGCCAUCCCGAAGACGCGUCCAUCCAAGCAGCUCGUGAACAGGUUUCCAGAGCGGAAGCUGCCGAGCGCGAGGCAGAUAAGGCCCUUAUGGAAUCUCGCAACGCUGUCAAGCAGGCCAGAGACCAUGUCAAGCACCUAGAGAAGGAGGCGGCCGAAGAAGCUCGGCUCGCAAAAAUUAAACAAAGCCAGGCUAAGUCCAUUUCUAAACGUGCAAAGCCACUGGGCCGACACAUUUAA